UCUGCGGCAUCGGUGGGCGGGUCCGCCGGUGAGUGCGGAGACAAUAGAGAGAGAGAGAGAGCGGCUCCAGGGACAAUCAGCAGCGGAGAGACAAGUGACAGGCAUCGGCGGUUUCUGCUGAGGUUACAGGCUCCUCUGCGGCUCGGCUUCUCUCUGCACUGUGAAGAAGAAGAAAAAAAAAAACACAAUUCAAGGAUCUGCAGUAUUUCCUCCUCCGUGUGAAAGAGUCAAGUGUUGCCUGAAUGGAUUGACAGCCGCAGAUUUUGCAUGCAUCACAUCCUGAAAGGAACAUUUGUCUCCAGACCUGCCCUCGGCCCCGGCCCGCCCCUCCACCAGAAUGAACUCCUCACCCCAUAGCUCCCGCGCCUCCAUCGACAUCCUGGAGGAACUCCAGCUGAUUGCUGCACAGAACCUGGAGAAACUGGACAUCAACAAAUACUAUGAGGUCGUCCGUGAACUGGGGAAAGGCACCUACGGGAAAGUGGACCUGGUCAUCCACAAAAUCAGAGGCACAAAAAUGGCCUUAAAGUUUCUGAGGAAGAAGACCACCAAGCUGAAGAGUUUCCUGAGAGAGUACAGCAUCUCCCUCUACCUGUCGCCCUGCCCGUUCAUCAUCAACAUGUACGGCAUCGCCUUCGAAACGGACGAGUACUACAUCUUCGCUCAGGAGUACGCGCUGGCAGGAGACCUGUUUGACAUCAUCCCUCCACAGGUGGGACUCCCUGAGUCGGUGGCUAAGCGUUGUGUCCACCAGGUGGCCAUUGCUCUGGACUACCUGCACUGCAAAAAACUGGUCCACAGGGACAUCAAGCCUGAGAACAUCCUCAUCUUUGACAAAGAGUGCCGUAAGGUCAAGCUGUCAGACUUUGGCAUGACGCGGCGCGCCGGCUCCCCGGUGAAGCGUGUGAGUGGCACCAUCCCGUACACGGCGCCAGAGCUGUGCGACACCUCGCGGCACGAAGGCUUCUGCGUGGACUACAGCACGGACGUGUGGGCGUUCGGCGUGCUGCUCUUCUGCAUGCUGACAGGCAACUUCCCCUGGGAGAAGGCCAUGCCUAACGAUGCAUUCUAUGAGGAGUUUGUCCGCUGGCAGCGUCGCCGGACGGGCACGGUGCCAUCACAGUGGCGCCGCUUUACAGAUGAAGCUCUACGAAUGUUUCGUAGGCUUCUCUCCAUAGAGCAGGGGCGCCGCUGCUCCGUCAAAGAGGUCUUCAGCUACUUCAACCAGUGCUGGAUGCUAGACACGGAGAACGGGAACAGUAGCAGAAGCAGCGGGGGCUUGGCGAGCAGCGCGCCUCCUCUGGAAAUCAGCUCGUCUUCAUCUGAAGAGGACGUGCUAGUGGACAGACUGAAGCAGCAGACCCUGUCGCCUGCUUGUGUGGUGGCAAAGGGCAGCAUCAUGAUGGACACUCACUACUCCUCCAUGUCCGCCAACAGCUCGCCGUCCUCCACCGGCAGCUACGAUCGGGUCAACAGAGAAAACAACGAGAGAGGACGCAUCCUUGUGGCCACACCCAUUGAGAUCUGCGUGUAGAGGCGUCCGACGCUGCGUUACAGGCUACGUGCUCACACAUGUAAGGUUAGUGUGUGCUGAAGAGGAAGCUUUCUCCGAGUAUGAAGAAGAGGAGAAAAGUGAGGAGGAAAGGAGGGAAGUGUGACGACUGGUCAACAGUCUGACAUACGUCGUAGCUUCACUGCGGAUUUACUCAUUUCCGAUGAAGACGAACUCUGAGGAAAUGACACGAGAGACAAUCACAAGCUGUAGUCUGCUGUAUGUGGUUUAUAUUUCAGUUCCUGAAACAGUUCAUGAACUCACUUGACAACCUGGAAAAAAGCUGAAGAGGGGAGAAAAAAAAUAAAAACAACACUCAUAAUCUACAAGCAAUAUAUAAAAAUGUUUGGAACAAUCCAGUCAUUGCAAAAAUGAUCUGAGAAAGAAAAAGAGAAAGAAGUGAUUUCACUGCUUCAGUAAGAUGAUCAUCAGUGUGAUCAGCUGUGACUGAUGGUACUGUACUAUUAUGUGUUUAUUGUAGUGUACCAUUUUCACGUUUGGUAGAUAUGUUUCUGUAAAGUGCGUGUGUUUUUUCUUAGUUUUUUUUACUUGAAGUUAAAUUAUUUAUUUAUGUCAGAUGCCUAUAUUUAUGAUUUGUUUCCUCGAGUGGAGAUCUGAAGUCUGUUUUUUUUAUUUCUCUACUAAAGAUUAAUUUUUUCAAAUUACUGAAAAUUUGAAUUGCUUAGCAGAUUGCUUAGAUUUUGGCCCUCACAGAGCUAGUUUUUUUUCUUUUAAUAUUCGUCAUCAUGUUGUUGUUGUGAUGUCUCAUAAAAGUAGAUGUACAAAGACUGUUUUUUUUUUCUCACCCAAAAUGUCCUUUUCAUGUUUGCCUGUGAUGCCUAAACCCACUGUACAGUAGCAAUCAACAAUAUGAGUGGCUGAAAACUCACCUCAUGGUCAGCAGUAAGUGUUUAUUGGGUUUAUCUAUCUAGCAAGUCCUCCCAUUUAAAUGCAGUACACUGGGACUGAAUACUGUGAUAGCUGCUGGCCCAGUUCAGCCCCCAAAAGGGACAAUUUACCACUUUUAUAACCAUUUGUAAGGUGGCCUAUAUGUAUUUCCUUUACAGUAAAACUCACCAACAUGAUCACAUAAAAUAAUAUACUAUUUAUAAUCUGACAAAUAAGACAAAAGCGUACAAAAUAUCAUGAAUAAUCCAAUAAUUUCUACUUGCAUGAUUUACAAAGAAAAUUUAAAUUGUACAUUUCACCUGGCAAUAAACAUAAUUAUUUAACAAGUGGCAUAUUUGGAUUUUAUCCAGUUGAAUUGUCUUUCAACAUGAAAAGGAUAAAAAUACAGUAUCAUAAUUGAGGAUGCUACCUUUUCUAGUUUUUUGCUGUAUAAUUCACAAAGUAAAAACCCUGAAAAUGUGAGUCGGGAAGGACAAACAUAGAAAACACAAAUAUUUUGGAUUUGGGGAUUUAAAUGUUUCAGAAAUCUGUCUCUCUUUUGUGUUUUUAAGAAGUAUUGCAUGAAGUGAUAUUACUGUGGUAAAAAAUUGUUGAAAUAAACUCUCUACGAGUGAAAAA